GUUGUGUUUCUGCUGAGAGUAUUUCGUCCGAAAAAUUUUCCGAUUUCGCACAGAGUCCGUCUUUCCAGACAGUUGUAGCAAAAAAAUGUCUGCCUCCUCCUCCUCGGAGCCGGGAGGCUUAGCCCCCUCCGCAGAGCAAAGCGACUCCUCCAUCGCCUCGGAAUCGGAGCUCUUCGGCCAGGGCGCGAAAUGGCGAGGCUGGCUGCACGGCUACGGCGAGGUCAGUUACGAAUUUCUGCUGAACAUCCCCUCCAUUCCGCCCGGCGUCACGCAAGCGAGAAAGGAACUGGAGCUCGGGGAGGCAACCUGGGCGCGGACCGCACACUGUGUCUGCAAGCCGUUGAAUUUGGACGAAAGCGUCGUUGUGUACAAAGGAUUCUUUGCCUUGAGUAAUGAUUUUCGUCACGCAUGCAGAUAGAUGAUAGUUGUCACAGUUACGCUUUGUUUUCCUGUAUGUGAUGCAAAAAAUCAAAAACAAAAUGGGCAUUACAUUUCUCGGGCAUUUAAUUCUCGUUUCGGUUUUGGAUUCCAAAAUCAAAUAACAUCUCACCCCAAGGUCCUCCGAUUCAUCAGCGAGAUUACUCCUACAGUCUCUAGUCAAGCCGGAUUUAGGCCGCUUGUGCCUUCGGGAGUACCGAAAAGAGAAAGUACUUAUUUCUUUACAUACACCGUAGCCGCGGCUUGCCGUGCGAUUGAUGUCAUGCAGAAGCAGAUGCUAUUGUCCCCCGCUAGGUCCAUGUGCCUACUGCGUCGACCAAAAGAGACCCCUUGCUUCUUCUUCUAAGCAAAAGCUUAAGCUUCAUACAUGCCAAGGUGCACUUCCUGGUUGGUGGCGACGAGUCAUGGACCCCGGCAGACCCGCCGUCGGUCGAGGUCAGCCUGGUAAAGCGGGGACCGAAAAUUAACCGUGGACCUUUAGGUGUCGAGCAGGAGCAGGAAUUGGGCGACAUGCUGGUCUACGCUGCGCAGGGCGGGCGCCUGGAGGACGUCGACCAUCUGUUAGUGCAGCAUAAGGUACUUACUACUACUUCAAGGCUGUAGCUAUUUUUCAUCAAGGACAUGCUUCGCCUGCAAAAGCCUUGUAGAAGUUCUUGCGAGAAGAUUGCAAACAAUUCAUGGCGAAGUUUUUUUGUGCACGCAUGCAAGUACAUGAUACAGAAUCAAUGACUUCCUUCCACGACAGGACCUCACCGUGACCGGCACCGCCACUUUCGGCCCCAGUAAGGGAUUGACACCCUUGGCCGCCGCGGCAGAACGGGGGAAACUGGAUGUUGUGGAGUAUCUACUCGACAAGAAGAAGGCGCCCGUCGGCACCGCAUUAGCCUCCGCGUGCCGGAAACACGAUAAUCACGCCGUGAUACGGAAACUCAUACAGUGCGGCGCCGCGGCGGAAGAGGGUAUGAAUAGAUCGUAGAUACUGUUAUUGUAAUACUGGAGUUUCUUUCAGCCAACGCUCGCGUACGACAAACUUGAAUUUUUGAAUCGAAUGCUGUACUAAGGUAGUGCGAAACUUAUGCUAAUAUGUCACCAAGCGUUGACACACGACGGCGAUGACGAUUACGAGCGUCCACUGGCACUGCAAAAGUAUACAUAUUGAUUUAUUAGGUGUCCAAAUUGUCUGCACCCGGGGAGAUUCCGCCACCCUGCAAUUGCUCCUGGAAUUCCAAUAUCAACUGUAAAAAUGUCUGGGUCUGGAAGAGUGUGCGAUUUGUCAUGCAGCUUUUUCAUGACCCAUGAGGUCUGGAAUGCAGGACCUAGCAUGACAGAUUCUGUGCGAUCUUUCUCAUGCCUAUCCUGCAUGAGAAACUGCGUCCCGACUUGGUCAAAAUUGGACGCCAUUUGGCAAUCAUGCAACACAGAUUUUUGCAUGCUUCAGAUUUAGCAUGACAAGUUGCAUUCUUCCAGACCCAGACAUUUUUACACUUGAUAUCCAAACUUCGCUCCCAUCCCUCGAGUCCGGCCUUUUGGUCUCCGCGAAAAACGGGCAUGGCAGUUGCCUGGUGAAAAUUCUCUCCAUUCUCCAGGGGUCCUACCGCCGGGCCGAGACGCUGACCGAAGCGCUGAACGCCGCCUGCCGGGCGGGCCGGACAUCCACGAUCAAGAUACUCCUGAACCACGGCGCGGAUCCGUACUUGAAGGCGGAAAGCGACGGAAAAACCGCGUUUGACAGUGCGGAACUGCAGGAAAACCAACACAUUGUGGACGAAAUCUUGGCGAAGUGGAAGAAGCCGAAGGUGGGGCGAAAUGUGUUAGCCGAAAUCCAAGCAAAAAACGCGGGAAUCAAUCCGGAAGUAGUCGUCAACAGUCCGCUGCGGGCAGGCUGAGUUGUAAGCUAUGGUGGACUUGAUGCACUCGGCUACUUCUUGCAAGUUGUCCUGUUGCGCUGCUCGUGGAUUGAUUGAUGGUUCUUGACCUCAUGAAAGGAGGGUUUUUCGACCUCCCAUGUUCUGCAUCAAUGAAAAUGAAACACACGACGAAUGGCCAACGAAUAAUGAAUGUAUCAUGCAGAAACUGUGCGCUUGUGUAUGGAAAAGAAAAUCCAAAUCGAUGAUGGACGAGAACGGUACGUCCACGUAGUCGUCGUGGAUAUAAUUUAAUGAGUUUUUAUCUUUUUCUGGUGUAUACCUGACCAUGGCGAGGACGUCGCUGCAAACGCAGAAUUUAAU